UCCUAAACCGAUGGGCAAAAUCACCAUUUCUCUUUCAGCCGUUGUAUUUCGUUUUAUUUCCCCUCCAAAUGUCACUUUUAUGAUUAAAAACAAAAAAAUUCAAUGUUACAGCCUCAUUUCACUGACCUUUCUUUCUGUCCAUCAUUAUUCUUCACGUUUUCUUUCUUCCUUCUCAUGUUUCUCUGUUCACCGUUGACGAAAAUUUCAAAUUCAUUCACACUUUGAUCCUCUCCAGAAGAAUGCUCUCUUCAAUUUCGUCUUUGCAAUGAACGACUCUCAGUACUUCUCUACAUCUGAUUCCUCUUCAAUCACCACCGUCGAUCCGACUGUAGGAAGGAGUCGAAGAAGUACUGAUGGUAAUCAAACGAUCGCAAUUGAAUCACGGCAUUGGCGCGAUGUUUUCUGGCUAGGAAUAUUUAUAAUACAUUUGGUUGGUUUAGGGUUUGUUCUUGUGGUUCUUGGGAUCAAUAGAUUUAAGAAAUCAGAUAGGCUUAAUAUUGAUAGAAUCACCCAACGACUAUGGGAGAAUAAACCUGGAUUGACAGAAACUUAUUGGCCAAUGUAUGCAGUUGCUGGUGGUGUUGGGUCUGUCCUUGGAUGGAUUUGGUUGUUGUUGCUUGGUUAUCGUGCAAACCAAAUGAUGAAGAUUUCGGUGCACAUUUUGACCACUUAUCUUGCUGUCAUCAGUGUCCUCUGUUUUUGGUGCAAUCAGGUUUUUUGGGGCGUUGCAUUUGCGAUUGCUGCUGCAAUACAGUUCUUGUAUGUUAUAUCAGUAAUAGACAGACUUCCGUUUACCAUGCUGGUGCUGCAAAAAGCAGUGAAGAUGGUGUGGGGUCUUCCUGAAGUUAUGAGAGUAGCAUAUGCAUUCAUGGGAGUAAUGCUUUUAUGGAUGGGAAUAUGGUCGUUUGGGGCAUCUGGUGUUGUGGCUUCAAGCAUGGGUGACGGUGGACGCUGGUGGCUUCUUUUGGUGCUCUCAGUAAGCUUAUUUUGGACAGGUGCUGUCCUCUGUAAUACAGUGCAUGUGAUAGUGUCUGGGAUGGUUUUUCUUGUUCUUAUCCAUGAUGGUCGAGAAUCAGGAUCAGUGCCUUCCAACCCAUUGAUGAAAUCCCUCCAAUAUGCUGUGACAACAUCAUUGGGCAGCAUUUGCUAUGGGUCACUCUUCACAGCUGCAAUUCGGACGUUAAGGUGGGAGAUCAGAGGAGUUCGCUCCAAGAUUGGCAACAAUGAGUGUUUGCUUUGCUGUGUUGAUUUUCUGUUCCAUUUAGUGGAGACUCUUGUUCGAUUCUUCAACAAGUAUGCAUAUGUCCAGAUUGCUGUAUAUGGUAAAGGUUUUAACCGAUCAGCAAGGGAUGCCUGGGAGUUAUUCCAAUCAACUGGAGUUGAAGCACUUGUUGCAUAUGAUUGUUCAGGUGCUGUUCUACUGAUGGGUACUAUUUUGGGUGGGCUUAUCACUGGAACUUGCUCAGGGAUUUGGGCAUAUACUAAAUCGAAAGACAGAGUGAUUAUGGUGGGUUCAACUGCAAUGUUAAUGGGAAUGAUUUUGGUGGGAUUGGGAAUGGUUGUGGUGGAAAGUGCAGUUACAUCCAUAUAUAUAUGUUAUGCAGAAGACCCCUUGUUGAUUCACAGAUGGGAUGCCGAAUUCUUUAACCAGAUGUCUGAGACAUUACACCAGCGUCUCCAAUAUAGAAGUGCAAGAGUCAGGGAAGUAUUGACCAACAAUCACCUCAAUGGCCAUGCCCAUACCCAAGAAACUCUUUCUGUUUGAUUUCUUGCUCAAAAUGUUUUCAAAUUGCACUGUAAUUCUUUGUGCUUUUAAUUAUUCAUCCAAUUUCCAAGUGUAUGAUUUCUUUUUUGUUAUGUAGGGGUGUUUUUCUUUUGUUUUAUUUUCUUUUGCAUACAAGUAACUAAAAAUUAUAGGCAACAAGUUUAUGGCUAUAUUCCCCAUGACAUUACUUGAAGCUGCUUUUCCAGAACAACAAAGGAUAACUGCUUUGUUAAAUGGUGUGUUGCUGUUUAAAACUUUUGCCUGAUCAUGGUGGAUCUGGUAUUUUUGUUGGGCUCAUGGCCUGUAAAGGAUUACACUUAUUGAAUUACCCAACUGUACCAUUA